GUUUUUCCUUUAUAAUUUACUCUCCUCUCUUUUUUUUAAUAUAUAAAUUGAUUUUUAUGCUAUUCAUUUUGUUUUUUUGGGUUCCGACACAAUAUGAACAAUAUCACCACAGAUCUUCAAACGGCGGCCAAAAGGAAUUUGAGUGCACUCACUGCAUAAGGCUCCACCACCAUCCAUUAUCCAACAAAAAUAUAGAAAAAACAAUGCCAAAAUAGUGAAAUUAUUGCCCUUUAAUUCAUUCACCUCGUGUGUUUGACUAGAGUGGUUGAUAUUGGACAAAGCUCAAUUGACCCCACAGGGGAAAAACACAUUCAUCAACUGUUCCUCUCAAAAGUAGUGUGAAAUCACUCCGCCAAUCUUUGGUUCAUAUUUCAACAUUCUUUCUAAUUCAUAGAAUGUUAAAAAUGUCUCAAAGUGGCUUUAGAUGACAAGCCACUAUAGGAUGAUUUCGGCAGUCACAAUUCUGUCCUCAUCUAAUUAUUACUUUUUAGGAGUUUGCUUAGACCUGUAAUUACUAAUUACCAGUGCUUGAGCAUGAAAUAGUUGACUCAGUUUGCCCAUAUCAAAACAGAGUUAUACCUUCGUUAUGGAUCAUUGUUGACCAAGUGUGUAGUGCUGCUUUAUUCACUCUUCAUGAUGGAGAUUUCAUCACGUUGGAAAAAUUUGAAGCCUAUAUAAUACAUGAAAGGAUGCCUCAAGUUGGGAAAGCGAGGUUCAGAAACAAACAGGGAGAAUGGUGAGGGCUCCUUGCUGUGAGAAGAUGGGCCAAAACAAGGGGCCAUGGACGCCGGAGGAGGACAAGGUUUUGGUAGAUUACAUACAGAGAUAUGGCCAUGGAAAUUGGAGAGCCCUACCUAAACUAGCUGGGCUUUUGAGGUGCGGAAAGAGUUGCAGGCUCCGGUGGGUGAACUACCUGAAGCCGGAUAUCAAACGAGGAAACUUCACCAAGGAGGAAGAAGACACGAUCAUCAGAUUGCACCAACAGCUAGGGAACAGGUGGUCAGCAAUUGCUGCGAGUCUGCCUGGUAGAACAGACAACGAGAUCAAGAACGUAUGGAACACUCACUUGAAGAAGCUGAUGGACCCUGAGACUGCACGGAUAGAGCCGACGAAGAAGAGGAGGAAGAAGAAAGGUGACUCAGCAAUGUCAGUGUUUGCUGAUCAAUCUCAGAUCAGCGAGAGCAGUCUGGAUGCUAGAGAAGAAAGCUCUAGUUCUGAGAUCGAUGAGAGAUUUUGGUUGGAUGUGUUGUCGAUUUCCGACGGCUCUGAGUCAUCGAUGAACUCAACGAUGGUAGAACUCCACCCUCCGACUAGCAACACGACCAGUUCAGUUGCCAUGGCACUGAUGAAUUGGAACGACAACGAUGAUGAUAUGGAAUUUUGGCGAGAACUCUCCAAGGGGAUUGGGGACUGGAUGGAAUUCUCACACGUUUAGUUCAUGUGGAGGAUCCACAAAGCCAUCAUUUGUUGAAAGAAUUCAUACAUAUUUUGAGUUGGAGGUUUCAGAGUUUAUGGUAAAGCUCACUGAUAAGGCAGAAUUUUUUUUCCGUGAUAUAAUUGAAUCUGUAUAGAUUAACAACCAUCUGAGUAAUCUCGUUGGGAGUUAUUCCGACGAGGUUCCUCUGACGCCUAAGUCAUCAUAGAUGUUCAAAGAAAUGGAGAAAAUAGAAGAGGAAGAGAAUUAAGGUUCGGGUUAGUGUAUGCAUACCAUCCUACCCUUUUAUAGGGAAUUUUAUAAUAAGAUUUAUUUUUCUUUACCGAUA